AUGAGGCUGCACUCGUCCUUACUGCUCGCGCUGCCGGGCAUAUCUCUUGCAGCAGAACUUGGCUCCCAGAGCUAUGAGACACUUGAAAACACCCCUACUUACUAUGAAGCUCCUGCGAUGACGGGAAGCAUGGAGGCGGAAGGCUUCAGCGUCACAGAGACACAGGAAAGCAAUGUCGAACAGGUGAAUGCUGAAAAUGAAGAGGCGGACAGACCAGACUGGAGAAAAAAGCUGAGAAGCCGGGGCCAAUGUGACGCGACCACCAGCAAUAACUUCGCCGUUUCAGGUUCUGAAGACAGCGCUCAAGCAGAAAAGGUACCUGAGGGAGAGUCAUAUGUAACAUCCGAAGAGCAAGGAUACGAUGCUGAGGCCUACGCAGAAAGCCAAACCGGAGAAACUGCAGCAGGACGCGGCCUCGGAAAGAAGAAGACGACGUAUGUUGCUGAGCCUGUGAAGAAGAUUCCUCCUCCAGUUAUUAUGGCCGCACCUACAAAGAAAGCUGCACCCAUGAUCAUUGAGGCUGCUCCAUCAAAGAAGGGCAGAUACCUCGCUGCUGAGGAUGAGGUUGAGGUGCAGUAUGAGACCGGAACUAUUGAGACUGCGCAGUACGAAACUGCAGAAGAGCGUGGUCUUGGCAAGAAGAAGAAGACGAUGUAUGUGCAACAACCCGUGAAGGUUGCUCCUCCUCCCAAGAAGUACGCUCCACCUAUGAAGGCGCCGGCUCCUAUCGUAAUGGCAGCACCUACAAAGAAGGCUGCUCCUAUGGUUGUUGAGGCUGCUCCUGUGAUUAUUGAGGCUGCUCCAUCAAAGAAGGGCAGAUACCUCGCUGCUGAGGAUGAGGUUGAGGUGCAGUUUGAAGCUGAGGAGGCUGAGACUGAACAGUACGAAACUGCGGAAGAGCGUGGUCUUGGCAAGAAGAAGAAGACGAUGUAUGUGCAACAACCCGUGAAGGUUGCUCCUCCUCCCAAGAAGUACGCUCCACCUAUGAAGGCUCCUGCCCCAAUCAUGAUGGCAGCACCCACUAAAAAAGCUGCUCCCAUGGUCAUUGAGGCUGCUCCUAUGAUCAUUGAGGCUGCUCCAUCAAAGAAGGGCAGGUAUCUCGCCGCCGAGGAUGAGAUUGAGGUGCAGUAUGGGACCGAAGCUAUUGAGACUGCGCAGUACGAAACUGCAGAAGAGCGUGGUCUUGGCAAGAAGAAGAAGACGAUGUAUGUGCAACAACCCGUGAAGGUUGCUCCUCCUCCCAAGAAGUACGCUCCACCUAUGAAGGCUCCUGCCCCAAUCAUGAUGGCAGCUCCCACUAAAAAAGCUGCUCCCAUGGUCAUUGAGGCUGCUCCUAUGAUCAUUGAGGCUGCUCCAUCAAAGAAGGGCAGAUACCUUGCUGCUGAGGAUGAGAUUGAGGUGCAGUAUGAGACAGAAACUAUUGAGACUGCGCAGUACGAAACUGCAGAAGAGCGUGGUCUUGGCAAGAAGAAGAAGACGAUGUAUGUGCAACAACCCGUGAAGGUUGCUCCUCCUCCCAAGAAGUACGCUCCACCUAUGAAGGCUCCUGCCCCAAUCAUGAUGGCAGCUCCCACUAAAAAAGCUGCUCCCAUGGUCAUUGAGGCUGCUCCUAUGAUCAUUGAGGGUGCUCCAUCGAAGAAGGGCAGAUACCUUGCUGCUGAGGAUGAGAUUGAGGUGCAGUAUGAGACAGAAACUAUUGAGACUGCGCAGUACGAAACUGCAGAAGAGCGUGGUCUUGGCAAGAAGAAGAAGACGAUGUAUGUGCAACAACCCGUGAAGGUUGCUCCUCCUCCCAAGAAGUACGCUCCACCUAUGAAGGCUCCUGCCCCAAUCAUGAUGGCAGCUCCCACUAAAAAAGCUGCUCCCAUGGUCAUUGAGGCUGCUCCUAUGAUCAUUGAGGCUGCUCCAUCAAAGAAGGGCAGAUACCUUGCUGCUGAGGAUGAGAUUGAGGUGCAGUAUGAGACAGAAACUAUUGAGACUGCGCAGUACGAAACUGCAGAAGAGCGUGGUCUUGGCAAGAAGAAGAAGACGAUGUAUGUGCAACAACCCGUGAAGGUUGCUCCUCCUCCCAAGAAGUACGCUCCACCUAUGAAGGCUCCUGCCCCAAUCAUGAUGGCAGCUCCCACUAAAAAAGCUGCUCCCAUGGUCAUUGAGGCUGCUCCAUCAAAGAAGGGCAGAUACCUUGCUGCAGAGGAAGAGGCAGAGGAACACUUCGAGCCUGAAGAAGAGAGCGCCACUGAGCGUGGUCUUGGCAAGAAGAGAAAGAGGGUCAGGUAUGUGGCUCAGCCCAUGAAGGUUGCUCCUCCUCCCAAGAUGUACGCUCCACCUGCUGUUGCGCCUGCUCCAAUUAUGAUGGUAGCACGUGCUGAGCCAGUCACGCGAAACGUCGUUGAGGCUGCCCCAUCAAAGAUGGACCAUGCUCCUGCACCCAUGGUCGUUCGAGCUGCUCCAGUUGCAAGGCCACCUGCUCCAAGAGUCGUUGAAGUUGCCUCUUCUAAGAUGGCUCCUGCUCCAAGAGUCGUUGAAGUUGCCUCUUCUAAGAUGGCUCCUGCUCCGAGAGUCGUUGAAGUUGCCUCUUCUAAGAUGGCUCCUGCUCCGAGAGUCGUUGAAGUUGCCUCUUCUAAAAUGGCUCCUGCUCCAAGAGUUGUACAAGUUGCCUCUUCUAAGAUGGCUCCUGCUCCGAGAGUUGUCCAAGUUGCCUCUUCUAAGAUGGCGCCUCCUCCAAGGAUCAUCGAAGCUGCCUCAUCGAAAAUGCCCGCUGCUCCGGUCAUAGUUCAGCCACCCCCUACACUUAUGGAUCCUGCUCCGUUGGUCUUUGAGGCUGCCCCAGCGCAGGUGGACCCUGCUCCACUGAUUCUUCAGGCUGCUCCCUCAAAGAUAGCUCCUGCUGCUGUGAUUGUUGAAGCUGCUCCAUCUAAGAUGGAGCCUGCUCCCAUGCAACUUGAGUCUGCGCCCACACUUAUGGACCCCGCUCCGUUGGUUAUUGAGUCCGCUUCAUCUAAGAUGGAUCCUGCUCCGAUGAAAACUGAUUAUAUAACCCCUGUGCCGAUUAGCCCUGCUCCAGUUGAGCCCAUUCCCAUCAGACGUGAUCCAGUUGAUCCUGUUCCAAUAAGCCCUGCUCCUCUUGAUCCGAUUGGCCCCGCUCCCAUUGAUCCUGCUCCCAUUAGCCCUUCUCCCGUUGAACCUGGUCCCAUUGGUCCAGCUCCAAUUCAUCCUGCCCCGCUUGAGCCUGCUCCAAUUAGUCCAGAUCUUAUGGAACCCACCCGGAUGGAUCCUGCUCCAAUGGUUUUCGAGUCUGAACCGGCUAAGGUCCCUAGGUACCUUGCCGCUGAAUAUGCAGAAGACGAAGUGAAUUAA